AUGCAAAUAUGUAGACUUUCCACCCAAGGCCAGCUUGAGAUCGUCGCUGAAAACGAGAAGAAGCUGUCCAAGCAACUGGAGGUCUCAACCAGUGAGAACGAGGAGCUCGCGAAAGAGCUUCAAAGCAGAGAGAAGGACAUCGAGAAGCUCUCUGAGGACCUCGAGGUCAGCCACAAAGAGAAGAAGUUCAUCCAGCAAGAGUCGGAAGAAUUCAAGCAGCAUGCUGAGAAGAAGCUUCGAGCAGCGGAGGACAAGACUGAGAAGGCAGGUCUGCCGGUGCUGGAUCACUUCCACACCUGCAAGUAUCAUGAAGUCGUGUGCCCGUCUCAUGGAAAUUUCGGGCCGUAG